GGGUCGAUACUUUCCAACAGGAUGUGCUCGAUAAAGCCGUCAAUAAAGCCACUGUCAAGUGUGCUCGCAUGCAUCAGAUGCUGAUAAAACCGGCAAAGAACCGUAGCGUUUAAACCAAAGAUGAGCACCGCCGAGAUCCCGCCCGGCUUGAAGGAGCUCCUGCACCGAUACACGGUGGAGGUGCUUCGCCACAGGCCAUCAAACUUGGCGGAAUUCGCCGUGCAGCAUUUCACGCAGGUCCUGGAGAAGCAGAAGCGAGGCGACAAGAAGCGUGGCGGCAAAGGGGUCACCUUUGCUACCGAUGAGAGCGCCGCUGAGGACAAAGAAGACAAAAAAUGGGAGGAGCCUGUUAAGUCCACCGCUGGCAAAUAUAACCGCAGAGUUUCAGUUUGUGCAGAGGCCUACGACCCCGACGAGGAUCAGGACGACGACGCCGAGCCUCGGGUCGUGCAUCCCAAAACGGAUGAGCAGCGUCGCCGGCUUCAGGACGCGUGCAGGGACAUUUUACUCUUUAAAACGCUGGAGCAGGAGCAGUUUUCGGAGGUUUUGGACGCCAUGUUUGAGGUGCAGGUCAAAGCUCAGGAGCACAUCAUCGACCAAGGAGAUGAUGGAGACAAUUUCUACGUCAUAGAGAAAGGCGUUUACGAUAUAUUGGUGGAGAAGGAAGGAGUGAGCGUACGCGUGGGAAAGUACGACCACAAGGGCAGUUUUGGCGAGCUGGCUCUCAUGUACAACACGCCGCGAGCCGCCACCAUCGUGGCAACGGAGGCGGGCGCCCUGUGGGGCCUGGACAGAGCCACCUUCCACAGGCUGAUUGUGAAGAACAAUGCCAAGAAGAGGAGGAUGUACGAGGCCUUCGUGGAAUGUGUUCCUCUUCUCAAGUCUCUGGAGCUGUCAGAGAGAAUGAAGAUCGUGGACGUGUUGGGAGCACGAAGCUUUAAAGAUGGCGAGCGCAUCAUAGCGCAGGGAGACAUGGCCGAGUGUUUCUUCAUCGUGGAGUCGGGGGAAGUGAGGAUCACCAUCAAAAGCAAAACGAAGGUGGGCCAGCAGGACCAAGCGGAGGUGGAGGUGGCUCGUUGUUCUCGAGGACAAUAUUUUGGGGAGUUGGCUCUGGUCACCAACAAACCUCGUGCAGCUUCUGUCUACGCUGUUGGAGCAACCAAAUGUUUAGUGAUUGACAUCCAGGCGUUUGAGCGGCUGCUGGGUCCGUGUAAGGAGAUCAUGAAGAGGAACAUUUCUCAGUACGAGGAGCAGCGUGCGGCGUUGUUUGGUCCCGGCGUGGAUUUGAAACACUAGCACACCUGAAAUGUUUCAUGUAAUCACAUGACUUGGUUUGUACGUCUAGCUAAAAGCUACAAAUGGGCAAGUGUGUGUAUUUUGUUAGCAGUAAAUUCAAGAUUCAAUAAAGAUUAUUGCUAAGUAUGCUGUAGAUUUUUUUUUUUUUAUUUGAGUUACAAAAUAUGAAGUGCCAUCAGCAGACUCCAGAGCAGAGUUUGCUAACCUUCUUGUGUUACAACUAUUUACACCCAAUAACAAAAACAAAAAAAAACAAGAACUGAAGAAUAGCCAUCUGUAUCCACACUGCUCUGGUAUAAUCCCAGACUUCAAGUCUCUGCCAGGUUUUUCCGAGUUCUGUUAUCAAAGUUUAAAUAUUUAAAAUAUUUACAUAGUCCUGUAUUCCAAAAAAAAAAACGUCCCAAAGCAAACUGUAGCAUGAUCGAUGAAAAUGAAGGAGCCAGAUGUGUAAACUGUUUCAGUAGUGUGGAAAACAAAACUAAGCAAGAUGGUGGAAUAAAAAUGUGGUCCUCUGUGCAGGGUCUUUGUUUAUUCCUCCUCGGUCUGUACAUUUUUUUAAAAUUACAUGAUGAAAUUGUCUUUUCUUUCCAUCCUCCUCGUGGAAACAAAAAAUAAAAAUAAAAGACCAUUCGGGCAGUCGACUCGUUCUUCCUCAUCAAGAAUCCUGAUGUUUUUUUUUUUAUCUUGAGAGAAAACUCCAAUAAAUAGAAACAGCAGAAAUGGUCCAAAAAAAAAAAAAAGAUUGAUUCUGGUUUGGUCCAUCCCAGAGUUCUUUUGAGAAGGACAAAAAAAACACCAGAUA